CUAUCAGUUGUCAUCUCAUCCACUCGUUCCAACUAAAACCGCAACUCGCUCCGCCUGGCCACAUCUCCCUUCUCUCUCUCUCUCUACAAUCGUCCUCUCAGGGCUUCAUCGUCUGUUUUCAUGGCCGGUAUACUCGAAACCCUCACCAUUCCUCGGGCAUCCGGCCUUCCUUCCGCCACGGCUGCUUCAUUAGGGAGUUCGUCGGUUUGCGCGGUUUCCUUCAGGAGAUCGGUCAGAUUGCCAGAGUCCAGAGGACUGAAGAUCCUGUCCAGUUCUAUGACUGCCUCUCGUGGAUCGGUGAGUUCGAGAGUCGGUGCUCGCCGUAGGGCGCGAAUCGUGUGCGAGUUUCAGAAGACGGCUGUUGAAGUGGCUGCUGUUACUGAAGCAACAUGGAAGUCGCUUGUCCUUGAAUCUGAUUCCGCUGUUCUAGUUGAAUUCUGGGCUGAAUGGUGUGGGCCAUGCCGGAUGAUCCACCCUGUUAUAGAUGAAUUGGCAAAGGAAUAUGUCGGGAAGCUUAAAUGCUACAAGUUGAACACUGACGAAAAUGGUAAAGUUGCAAGCGAAUACGGGAUCCGUAGCAUCCCAACGGUUAUCAUCUUCAAGAAUGGACAGAAGAAAGAGGCAAUCAUUGGCGCAGUUCCUAAGACAACAUUGGCAUCCAGCAUAGAAAAAUUCUUGUAGGAGCAUCGCUUGUAUGUGCUCCUCAGUGGGGCUGUCAGUUGUACUUUUUUUUCCUUCUCUCUUUAGUCAAUUAAGCUGCAAAUUUAGAGAUGCUGCGCCAAUAACAUCUGCACACUGCUGUAUAGUUACUGGAUGCUGCUGUAUUUCCUGUUUGAUAUGGUAUAUUGUUGGUGCUAUAUAAAUGUGUCUGUGUUCUAUA